AUGGAUAGCGGAGGAAUCAGAAAGCGAAAGGAUGCAAAAGAUAAUAAAAUAAAUUUAAGGACGCCAAAUAAUAUAUAUAAUAAUAAUGUGGUAAUAAAUGAUGGCAAUUUAAACGUAAGUAAUUUCCCAAGGGAAAAUAAUUCAAAUUGGAAAUAUAAUGAAAAUGUAGGAGGGGGAAUGCCAUCAAGUCUUGAAAGAAAUUCAUCUGAUGGAAAAUUUAAAUUCGGAAAAAAAAAGUCAAUUAAGUUAUUCAACAGUUCAAAUAUUAGCGCAUUGUCAAAUACUUGUAUUAAAUCAUUUAGUAACUUAAUGAGCAAUAUCAAUAAUUCAAAUAAUAGUAGUAGCUAUAAUGGAGGUAAUAGUUUUAAUGGAAAAGGUCCAUCACAAUUUUCAUUAAAUAAUACAUCUUACGAUAAACAAACAGGAGCUGGACAUUUUUCAAAAGGGAUAAGUUAUUUGAGCAAUAUGACAAAUGCCAAAAAUUUUUUUGGUAAAGAUAACAAUAAUAAAGGAAAAGAUGAUUUUAAUUUUUUCCGUAAUUAUGAAAAUAAUGUAUAUAACAAUAGAAAUAGGAAUAGUGAAGGAAUAAAUGCUUAUAGCAGUAAUAAUAAUUCAUAUGGAAAUAAUGUAAUAAAUAAAAGUAACAUAAGUACUUAUAGUAAUAAUGGUUCUAAAAUGUCAAAUACGAAUAGCAUUAAUAGCUCAAAUUUAGAAAAUUUUUUAAAUAAUAAAGAAAUAUUAAAUGAAAAAUAUAUAAUAAAAGGAUUUGGUAAUAACUAUAUGACUGAAAUAAAUAAUUUAAGGAAUAUAACAAAUGAUGAAACAUAUUAUAUAUGCCUUGAUAAUCUAUUAAGAAAUCAUGGAAAUAUUGACUCAAAUGAAAUGCUAAAAUACAAUGAUAAAAAUAUAAACUGUUUAAAUGAUAUAAUAUUUUUAGAUAUAUAUAGAGCAUAUAAUGUAUUAACAUAUAUGCAAGAAAAAGUAAAUAUAAUAAUUUAUACGAUUAAAAUUAUUGGAAAAAAAUUAAAAAAAAAACAUGUACCUGAAGAAGUGGUUAUAUCCUUAGAAUUUUUAAAUUUCUGUGUUAAAAAUUUAGGAUUAUUUUUUAUAAGAUUUAUUGAUGAAAGCUUUAUGAAAAAAAUAAGUGCAUUAUUAAAGACAACCACAUUAAAAAAAUCAAUAACAAAAAAUGUCAAAUCAAAAUUAUCAAAAUUUCUUAUCGUUCCAAUAAUACACCCUGGAGUCGCCACAGAUCCAAGACUUCAUUUUAUAAAAAGAAAAAUUUUAUUUAUGCUACAAUUAUGGCAUGAUUCAUUUAUACUAUACCAACACAUAGCUACAACGUUUUUUAUGGAAUAUAGAAAUUUAAAAGAAAAAGGAAUUACAUUUCCUAUAAUAAAAAAAUCAGAGAAAUUUUUUGUAAAAAAUGCUGAAAACUCACCAUCCUUUUCGGAUGAUAAUAUUUUACAUGAGUUACCAUUAAAUUUAGCACAAAUAAAUAAUAUUAUCAGAAUUUUAAAAGAAAUUAAAAAUAUGGAUAAUAAUGAUAGUGAAAAAUAUAAAUGUAUAAAUGUCAUAUCAAAGUAUAAAGAUCAAAUUUUACUCAGUAUCAAUAAGUUAUCGGAUUACAAAGGAAAUAUUAAUAUUUCCGUUACUUUGAAUUCACUACUUUAUAUUAAUGACCAAAUUUGCAUUUUUGAAAAAAUGAAAAUUGAGAGGGAACAAGAAACGGAACUCCAAAAAGAUAAAGAACAACAAAUGAGUGAUGAAAAACAAUCAACAAAAGAAAAAGACAAAAAUAGGAAAGAAAAAAAAAAGAAAAAAAAAAAUACAAUACCAAAUAUGAAUGAAAUCAUUUUUAACAAAUUUGAUCCAUGGAAUACAGAAAAUAUACCAACAAAUGAUAAACAAGGCAGUGAUAAUAAUGAUAUGAUAGGAGCAAAUGAUGAAUUAUUUUUUAAUAAUAACGACGUAGUUGAUAGAUUUAACAAAAUGGUCUCUGUUAAAAAUGACCCAGGAAAUCAAAAUGCUAAUAUGAUUAAUAAUUCAAACAUCAGUUUAAAUAGUAAUGAAAAUGUUUUCUCUUUUUUUUCCCAAGAAAAGCCAACAAAUGGACCUGCACAAGCGAACAAAAAUAACGAAAUAGAUGAUAUAUAUAGCGUAUUUAACGAGCUUAAAUUUAAUGACGAAAAAGAACAAGAAACUUUUAAUAACAAUAACAAAACUGCCACCAAUUAUAUGCCACAACUACAUCAAGAUAAUUUUAUUCAUAAUAAUGUUUUAAAUGGGAAAGAAUUACAGACAGUUGUCAAUAAAAAUCGCCCCAUUAUUAUCGACAACACAACUCCUAACAUAAUGAAUGAAAAUAAUACAGAAGAAAAGAAGAUUGAUAAAAAGGAAUCGAUAUUAGAAGACCAAUUAGAUUAUUUAUUUACAAAUAAAAAUAACAUUCAAAAAAAACAAAGUAAUAAAAGUAAUUCUAAUAGUGCAGAAAUAACAAAUACCAACUUUGACAUACUAAAUAUUGACAAUAUUGUACAGAACAAUUGGAAUGAUUCAAUAAAUUUUGAAAAAAAUCAUAUUAAUGACAAUAGCCAUAUUUUCCAUAAUAAUAUACCUGAAAAGAUUAAAAGCUCAGAAAGUGUGAAUAAAAUUGUCUCUAAAAAUUCAAUUUCUGUUGAUGAUAUUGACAAUGAUACGAUAAAUACUGGAAAGAAUAAUGUAAGUUAUGGUAUUGACGAUAAGAUUUACGAAAAUUUAACUUUUUCAAGUAAAAACAGUGAACAGAGUAAAGGCAUAAAAAAAAAUAAUAAUAUGGAAUUUAUCCCCGAUAACGAAAAAGAAAAUGUUAUAAAUAAUAUACAAGAAGAGAGAGACAGCAAUAAUAACAAUAAAAACUAUGAUGAUAUUUUUGAAGCAUUUGAUUUUAGUUUGAAUGAUAAUAAAAUAACUUAUCCAAAUGUAUCCGAUAAAAAUGUUCAUAUUUUGGACAAUGUGACCAAAACAAAUGUCAAUUGCACAGAAGAAAAUGAGAAUAUGUUAAAAACGGAUAUAAAAGACAAAAAUGACAAAAUAAACACACAAAAAUAUUGCACGUCUUUUAGUGAUGAACAUAAUGACAAAACUGUCAAUCAAAUUCAUGAGAAAAAAGAAGACAAAUUAACAAAUUACGAAAUAAAAAAGAACGAAUCUAGCAUAAUAAAUACUCCAGAAGAAAACAAAUAUAAUAAAAUAGAAAAUAAAAAUAAUGAUAGUGAAGAAAAUAUAUUAGAUAAUGAUAAUCAAUUACCUCUUAACAAUUUAAAUAAAAAAAAUUCUGUGAAUAGUGUUAAUAUGAACAAAGAUGAUCACAAUGACAAAAAUAAUAAUACUAAUAAUGAAGAUAACAAUAUAAAUCUAAAUUUUCAUAAAAACAAACAAAAUUCCAAAAAUGAUCAAGACUCAGAUGAUAUAAAUAUUGAUGAUAUCGAUGAAAUAACAAAAGCUAUAGAUGAUUUAAAUUAUAAUUUUGAAAAUAUGAAUAUUUAUAAAUAUGAUAAUUAA